GUCAUGUCUACACUACGUCAGAGGUUAAAAACAAGAAAAAAAAAUAACUGUCUAUGGUUGACGCCUUGAUUGACGCUAGUUGUAGAUUUUUCUUAAGAUUUACGGUUUUAUAUCGUUUUAGUAACCAUUCAAACUAAUUAUGAUCGAUGUUUCAACUAUUAUAAUUUAUUUCUGAAUGAAUUGUACAAAUGCUUUACCUCGUAAUCAAUUUAGAGCAUGAAGAUAGUGAUCGGAGCAGAAGCAUACCAAUUAUGUGCGUCUUUUAUAAUUUUACAUGUGCGUGAAUGAAAUGUCAGAAAUAUUACGCGUUUACUUAGAUUUCUUACUGUUUUGACCAUGUAAUGCCGCGUCAACGCGAAGAUUUAGUUUUACAUCACCGCGAAGCAAACUUGCAAUUCAGUUGUAAUGAAACGAACAAAAGUGUAGUGUCGGUAGGUAGGUUUUGACAGCCGGCAGGCUCGUCGAGAGUGACUUACGGUUGGCUUCCUAUAAAAAUGAACAGUCGUAGUAGUGUAAAUGAAACGAAUUUGGUGAAUUUCUCGGCGGAUCUUUCAACAUUGAAUCAAUUGGAAACUAAAGACGGCCUGCUGAGUUUUCCUUUUGAUCAUAUAUACGCAUGUCACUCUGAAAGUUCGGAUCGCAGAUCGACCCUUACGCUCGACAAGGAGGUCGAAAUCACGACACAUUGUGUGGUUGCUGAAGAAAAAGAACUGGUCGACAGUAGAAGCCCAGAUGUGACCAGACUCACUGAGCAGCUGUCAGCUUCUGAGGGCCAAAACAAGAGACUCAAAGACCUCCUUGUAUACCACUUGGAUCUCAUACAACAACAGAACGAGCUGAUCACUAAAAGGGACAAGUUAUACCAGGCUUUAAAACAAGAGAAUGAAACACUUAAGUCCAAGCUGAGUCGCAUGGACAGGCGGCUGACGGUUAAUCAGAGACACUUUGCUAACCCCCCGCCUCUGGUGCAUGUGCCAUCUUCCAGCGUGACCAGUGUGACCUCAACCAUUGUCAAAAGUGAACCCAGCCCACCAUCGCAGAUAAUGCUCAAUAGUUUUACGGAGCUCCUGUUGACAGAUAGUAGAACAAAUUCGUUUAUAUUUGAGAGUGAUAUUAACAAAGCAAAACCUUUUGCCCAGGAGCCUUUUGAAAUUGCGAGGACUUCAGAAGCAGAUGUAAUUAGCUAUUUGCCAGAUAAUUUGGGCGUCCCAACACUCCUGGAUGCAAACCUCGGCUGCGAAAACUUCACAAUGAUUGAAAGUAAGCGUUCGUUUGUCAAAAAAGAAAUCAAGACUGAAAACCGGCCUGAACCACUGUACACAGUUACAUCAAAUAGUGGAAAUCCGGUUAUACAAAGAAUACAGAGGAAUAGAAGAAGAACUACUUCUGGAAUUAGCAGCUUAAAUCGAAUGAAAAGUCCUGGAGCUAAAGUAGAGCCUGUAGAAAGUGCAAAAGUAUUGGAAGAAGAAAAGCCAUUCGAGCGUAAUUUUAGUGUAAAUAAAAAAUCGAAAAUGAUCAACACAUACGGGAAAUCCAAAAGUAACUUUAAGAGAGCCAAUCAAUUCGGAUCCCUGUCGGACCGGCUGCAGCUGAUCGACACCACGCCCACCGGCGAGGACCCGUACCAGCUGGGCGAGGCGGACAUGCGCGAGCAGUCGCCCAUCCCCAAGCUCAUGCUGCAGAAGACCAACCACGGCCGCAUCAAGAUCUGCACCGAGACCGUGGCCGGCGCCGCGCCCGCGCGCCGCAUCUACGAGCCGCCGCCCCACGCCGCCAAGCUCACCAACAAGCUGAAGCUGGACAACCGGUACAACCUCGCCAACACCAACUACAUGCACCCCUCCGAAUUGAAAGCGGAAACGUCGCCGAAGACGCUCAUCGUGGUCGAACCAGAUUUAGAUAUAGUUAAAACGGAGCCGGAGAUCGAUUGGCGGAUGUAUAACCCCAACAAGCCCGGAAACGAGACGAGCCUGUGUGAUUUUUCCUAUGGCGAGAAUUCCAAUAAUUUAGCAUCUAAUAUUUUGCCCACGUUGGACGCUGUUGAAUUUCAAGAUUUAUUUUCAUCGGAUCCAUCUUUGAAUUUGGACAGUCUGAACCCGAUAGACUUUAGCCCUACAACUUCUACUACCGACAAGAGCUCACCCGAUAAGUCAAAACGACGAGCGGGUCGAACUACUAGUCUCGUGGGACCUAAUACUUCAGUGGAAGAAGUAACGGUUGCGAGUAAACGUGGAGGGGACAGCAAACGUGGCAGAAAACGAGCCCUCUCCACCGGACUACUCAAAACGAAACGUGAAAAUCCACCGAAAGGUCCCGCCAUACUCCCACCGACCAGUACAGCCUCCAAACCAAAGUUAGUUAAGGGAAAAUCCGCUUGCCGUGGUAAGAAAUCGCCGCUGCCAGGCAUGGUGACCAAGAAACCGUACCAUACGCUCGUGGGCGACCCGGAUAUCUCGUGGUACCUCGGGUUGGACCCCGAGGUCAAACCUGAGGACGUGGAUCCUCCUCCUGACAGCAAAGUUUCCACUGUAGAGGUGCCGCGAUGGAGAGAGAAGCCCUACACGAGCACGUAUACCUUAGAGGGGACGGAGAAUUUAGAUGACAAGGUUUUUGAAAAACGACACCAGAAAUUAGAAGCCGAGGAGAGGCGGCAGCUCAGAUGGCACAUGAGGCGUAUCCGCGAGCAGCGGCACGUGGAGCGGCUGCGGCAGCGGCAGCGCGACCCGUGGGGCAGCGCGUCGCCCGCGCAGCCGCCCGCCACCUUCACCAUCUGGCCGCACACGCAGCGCGACGUGCGCUUCAUCGAGAUCACCGACACGUUGCCCGUCAUGGCUUUCGGCGAGAUACUCCCCGCCAUACCUCCGGCAGACUUCGUGUUACCAUGGGUGAGGUCUUCAAAGGCUUUGAAGAGAUCUAAAAGAUCCAAAACAUUGCAUUGAAGUGUCAGACUUUUAAAGCGUGUUAAAAACUUUUAUUACAAUAUGAAUUGGUAACGACAAGGAGUCCCACUUAAGCAAUACAAUGUAUGAUGGGAGUGUUAUGAUUUAAUCAGAGCUCACUGUGACGGGUCGUUGUGAAGAUAACAGCGCAGCAAGUUCGUUAC